GCCAAGAUGGCUCUGUGUCUUUUAUUGUGACAAAAGUAGAGAGUUUUCACGACAGCUGAUGCGAUCAGAGUGACAGGCCAAUAAUUAUCGUCAUAACCUCGAAAAAAACUUGUUUAUUAUUCUCGACAUUCCUCUUUUUGCCGACAAGUACAAAACUGGCGUCGUCAAAUUUCUUUAGUAAAAACUCGGCUAUACCUGAAGAAAUGGAGGUCGAUAGUUCAACAGACACGGCUGUGGAAAAUGCGAUAGGAUGGAACAUACCAAAAAUUGAGGAAUCGAAUAGUGGCAAUGUAGUAGCGGAAACCGGCGUGAAAAGAUUCUUGACCAUAUUAGAUCAGUUGGAUACGAGUGUUGAAAGACUGCGACGUGAAGCCCGAGACCUUCAAGACAAACGUGAUUCGUUGCUGAUGUCUAUGGACUUGAUACGAAACAAUGAAAACUUUUCCGAUUUGAAUGAAUAUGAACGAGAAGAGCUGAACUGUUACCUGGGUCGCAUAUCAACUCGUCUGGCAACGGUUGUCUUGAAUGUAACGACAAUACGUGAUAAGGCCCAAGAGGAAUCACUGCACCAAGUGAACAGUUUAAUCGAUACAGUGAUAACCACAACCGAUCGCAUAGCAGCUCGGCUACACUGUCAACAUUAUCUGAAUUGUUGCAGUGACGGUGGUACCGAUGGCGAACGGAUCACCGAUAAAAAAUUCGAAAUGGCACUGCUUGGAUGUGCACUGGAUGAUCAGAAAAAUAUCAAAAAGAGAUUGCAAGCUUUAAUGACAUACCUAAAUAAGCAAAUCAUUGCUGUGGAGUGAUUGCAUUUAUAGUUUUAUCGUUAAAAGAAAUUAUUUUUAUUUUUCUUGAACUGAACAAAUCGUCACAUCCCGCUUAACACAUCGAACAUUAUUAUAUUUUCAAAGGGAUUUCAAUCUAAAAUUAAAUUAACGAAAAUUAACUUUUGGCCUGUAAAUUGGGCUAUUAAUUUUGCGAGCAAGUGAUGUCAAUAAAAUGGACAAACGAGAAAAAAGUAGAGAAAAUCUCAAAGCAAAAAUGGGAAAGGUUAACUAAAUCAAUUGAAUUAAUAAAAAAAAUGGGCUAAUGUGAUCACCCUCCCCUUUCGAUGGAGCUACACCCCAACAUUAAUGUAUUAAAAUGUAACCAAAUCUAAUGGAGCUGAUUAAUGCUGAUAAUAAAUUGAAUGUUAAUUG